AUGCCAUUCAGUCGCAGAUCUCGCUACAUCAGCUUUGUAAAACAACGAACGUCAAGAGUUGCUCCUGCGCGAUUUGCUUUUGCUCUCCACGUCUUCUCUAAUCCUCGGGCUAUCUGCUAA